AUGGCCCCAGAACCCGUCUUGCCGACGUCCAACGACACAUCGGAUACUGCCUCCAUAAACUCGGUGUCGCGAAACCAGCCCAACUCGUCGUUCAUCACCCGCGCGCGCCUACGCGAAGAUGUCAAUAUCCAGUACGCCGAUAUACCAGUCUGCCUAUGCAGUCUCGUGUCCGGGCUGUGCGACAGCGUCGCCUUCAACGCCGCCUCGGUCUUCGUAUCCAUGCAAACAGGCAACACGGUCUUCUUGGCCCUCGGAACCGCGGGGCUCCCGGCUAACGUGCCAAUGCUAUGGCUGAAGGCGCUGUGCUCCAUCGGGUCCUUCAUGGCCGGCGUCUACUGCUUCGGCCAGUCGCGCCGCUUCCGCCCCCAAUCCAAGCUCACGCUCGCCGCCAACUUCCUCAUGCAGAGCAUCCUGAUCUUCAUUGCCGCCGCCUUGGCGCAGGGCGGCGUGGUCCCCGCGUUCGGGCUCCUGAGCGCCGCCGAGGAACUUGCAGCGCGGAAGGAUGCGGACCUGAAGGUGUUGGGACCGAUUGUCCUGCUGGCUUUUCAGUUCGGCGGCCAGAUCUGCGCGAGCCGCAUCCUUGGGUUCAACGAGGUGCCGACGAAUGUCCUGACCAGCGUGUAUUGCGACAUCUUCAACGACCCCAAGCUAUUCGCGCCGUUGAGGGCAAACCCGAAGAGGAACCGCAGGAUCGCGGCCGUGCUCCUCAUGCUGAUUGGUUCGGUCGGCGGCGGUUGGCUGGCGAGGAGUGAUGCGGGCAUGAGCACAGCACUUUGGAUUGGCGGCGCCAUCAAACUUGGCAUCGCUGUUGCGUGGCUCCUGUGGAAGCCAACCGAGCUCAAGGUGGCGGAGAAGAAGUAA